UUGUAUUUACGUUUUUUCAGUGUACCUUAUGUAGUGUUUUAUGCCGUGUUUUGCAGUUAUUCUGUAUAAAAAUGAUGUUCAUAUCAAUAUUAUUGUUAUUUAUUUGCCAAGAAGUGAAGAAUGUUGAAAUAAAUCCACCAAAAACAAUAAUUUGGGGUCCAGGAUUAAAGCCGGAUAAAAUAACAAUGCGAGCAAGAUAUAUUUUUCUACAAUUUAUUGACUUACAAGGAAAAAAUUUAACAGAAUCACCUGGAAAAGAUGUACUAUCUAUUUCCAUACAAGGUCAAGCCGCAGAAGGACAUACAUGUCAUAUAUGGACACAAAUUUUAGACUGUAAGGAUGGAAGUUUUAUUGUUAGAUAUAAAUUACAUAAUACAUGUUUCAAUUUGAAAUUGAAAAUUAAUAUAAAACAUUAUAAUGUACCUAUUUUAUCAAUGAAAUUUAAAGGACCUAUUUAUGAAGAAGAAUGUUACUGCCCAAAUCCUUCCAUUGAUAGUUGGUUCGAAAAUUUAAAAUGUCUCACAAAUUAUACACAAAUACACAGUGAUCUUAUUCCUUUCACAAAUGUAGAUUUUGAUAAAAUACGUGAAAAUAUUAUAAAAGCAUAUGACCGACCAGAGAGUAUCAGUUUAUGUCAUUACAUAGUUCAGUCUAACAAAAUUUUUAGGAAAUGUUAUGGGCGUUAUGUAGGCUUUAAAAUAUUUAUGGAUUCUAUCCUCCUUUCUAUUACUCGUAAAGUAUUAUUACCAGAUAUUGAAUUUUUUGUGAAUUUGGGAGAUUGGCCACUUGUUUCAAAUAAAAGUAACAUUUAUCCCAUCUUUUCCUGGUGUGGCUCUUCUGAUACAAAAGAUAUUGUUAUGCCUACCUAUGAUAUCACAGAAUCAUCAUUGGAAGCAAUGAGGAGGGUAAUGUUAGAUAUGCUGUCUAUACAAGGUAAUACUGAUACACAGUGGAAAGAAAAAAUAGAAAAAGUAUUUUGGCGUGGUCGUGAUUCUUGUAGAGAACGACUCGAUUUAAUUGAUAUUUCGAGAAAAUAUCCUGACUUAUUUAAUGUGUCAAUUACCAAUUUUUUCUUCUUUAAAGAUAAAAUAGAUAAAUAUGGCCCUGGAAAAAGCCAUGUAUCUUUCUUUGAUUAUUUUAAGUAUAAGUAUCAGUUAAAUAUUGAUGGUACAGUAGCAUCAUAUCGAUUUCCAUACUUACUUGCUGGAGAUGCUUUAGUAUUAAAGCAAGAAUCAAAAUACUAUGAAUUUUUUUACAACAAUCUCAUACCUGGAGAACAUUAUGUGCCUGUUAAAAACAAUUUGUCAGAUCUUGUUAAAAAAAUUAUUUGGGCGAAAAGUCAUGACCAGGAAGCAUUAAAAAUUGUCAAAUCUGCUAGACAAUUUGCAAGAGAUAAUUUAUUACCACACCAUGUGCUAUGCUACCAUAUAGCUUUGUUUCAUGAAUGGAGUAAACGCUUAAAGAGUAAAAUUAAAGUAUUAGAUAACAUGGAAGAAGUAUUGCAACCCAAGCAUUCUUGUACAUGCUACAACAACAACAUAAAAUUUAAAGAAGAGUUAUAA